CUAACACAGAAAUACAGAAUCUACAAUUUCUUCUUUACUUUACCAAAAAAAAAAAAAAUCGACAAUUUCCUCAUUCUCGCCCAGGGUUUUAUUCUUGCCCACCGUUCUCUCCUCUCUCGUCUCUCACUGCAACAACCAACAAGUCUACAACUCUGCGUUUUUUGUAUACUUUCAUUUUCUUCAUUCCGCCCCUUUUCUUCAUUUUCGCCAUUCCCCUCUCUGCAACUGCAAGUAUUUUUCUUCUCCCAUUCCCCUCUUAUUUCAUCCAUGGAGAUUGGAUCUUCUCUUACGCUUUGUAACAGCAUUCAACUAUGGCGUUUCAACUCUAGACGAAAUCAUUGCAAGUGGAGGGCGCUUUCAAGUUCACGUUUUGCUUUGAAUGAUUCAAUUCACGUUUCCAACAGUUUCGUCUCUAGAGUUGUCAACUGCAAAGCUUGUCUGAAAGAUAACAAGGUCUUCGCAGCAGAGACGAAAAGUAUGUUUGGCGAAUGUUCCAAGGAAUUUGAACUCUCUAGUUUGACGGCCUUAUCAUCAUUGGACGGUCGAUACUGGGGAAAGGUCAAAGACUUGGCUCCCUUUAUGAGUGAAUAUGGUCUAAUUCGCUACCGUGUUCUAGUUGAGAUCAAAUGGCUAAUAAAGCUUUCACAAAUUCCUGAAGUCACUGAGGUUCCAAAUUUUAGUGAAGAAGCUCAAUCUUUUUUACAAGGACUCAUUGAUGGAUUUAGCAUGAGAGAUGCAUUAGAUAUCAAAAACAUUGAGAAAGUGACUAACCAUGAUGUUAAAGCAGUUGAAUAUUUCUUGAAGCAAAAGUGUCAAUCCAAUUCAGAGAUCUCAAAGGUAAUUGAGUUUUUUCAUUUUGCUUGCACAUCCGAAGAUAUCAACAACUUGGCACAUGCACUGAUGCUUAAAGAAGCUCUUAACAGUGUGUUGUUCCCUGUCAUGGAUGAGUUGAUUGAAGCAUUCUGCAACAUGGCAAAAAAGAAUGCCCAUAUUCCAAUGCUUUCUCGCACUCAUGGCCAGACAGCUUCACCUACUACAUUGGGCAAAGAAAUGGCGAUUUUUGCUGCCAGAUUUAGUAAAGAAAGACAGGACAUCUCUCAAAUUGGGUUGUUGGGCAAGUUUGCUGGUGCAGUCGGAAAUUACAAUGCUCAUCUUGUUGCAUAUCCAGAUAUUUAUUGGCCUAGCAUUGCUGAAGAGUUUGUCAAAUCUCUAGGAUUAAGUUUCAACCCCUAUGUGACCCAGAUUGAGCCUCAUGAUUAUAUGGCAAAACUUUUUGAUGCAAUAAUCCGAUUCAACAAUAUUUUGAUGGAUUCUGAUAGGGAUAUAUGGGCUUAUAUAUCUUUGGGUUACUUUAAACAGAUGACCAAAGCUGGUGAGAUUGGUUCUUCAACCAUGCCUCACAAAGUAAAUCCUAUUGACUUUGAAAACAGCGAGGGUAACCUUGGAGUGGCUAAUGCUAUUCUGCAUCACCUCAGCACAAAGUUGCCCAUAUCACGGUGGCAGCGUGAUCUGACUGAUUCAACAGUCUUGAGGAACAUGGGUAUAGGAUUAGGGCAUUCUCUUCUUGCCUACAAAAGUGCACUACAGGGAAUUGCAAAGCUACAGGUAAAUGAACCUCGCUUAAUUGAAGAUUUAGAGCAGUCAUGGGAGGUGCUUGCUGAACCAAUACAGACUGUGAUGCGAAGAUAUGGCAUCCCGGAACCUUAUGAGAAACUGAAGGAGCUAACCCGAGGAAGGGCAGUAACCAAAGAGAGCAUACAAGAAUUUAUUGAAGGCUUGGAAUUGCCAAAGGAAGCAAAGACCAAUCUUCUGAAGCUAACUCCGCCAACUUACAUCGGAGCAGCAAUUGAUUUGGCCGAAGGUCUAGACACAGCUAUAAAUUUUGUAAAUGGGAGCUAGGUACUGUAGAUUGGCUGUUCAUUCUGUUGACAGGCAUUGUUGGCUAGAUUGCCCGUGUACUCGGGCAUUUCUAUCUGCUGCUGUGGGAAUCAGCAGACAUGCUUUGGAAAGAGGUGAAUUUUCCCGGUUGAAGAGAAUUAACUGGGAUGUCACACCCAUGAUAAUCUAUUGUGGGUUACUGAUGACUGACGUGAUGAUUUUUGCCUUUCUCCCAUCUUUUGGUUAUUUUCUUAAGUUGAAGAAAAACUUCAGAGUAUUCAAUUCAGAAUGUGAAAGGCAGGAAGGGUCAAAGUGCUGGCUUGGCAAUGCAAUGCUAGAAAUAUGGGAAUUGGGAUGAUUCCAAUUGAAUUCAGUUUGUCAUAUACGAAGUGGGCUUAUAUGUGAUCUGGAUAUUAUAUAUCAUUUAUGAAAUAAACUGAAAUUACAUUCA